CCGGGCCUCACGGCCCCGCGGCGCCGGUGGGUGGGGCCUCCCUCAAGGCAGUGUCAGUAACGGCGUCAAGCCCCGCCCCUCGGAGAGGCUGGGCGGGUCGGGAACGAGCGCGCGGGCUGGGCCGGAGCCGGCCUGGUCGCCAGCCUAGCCCCGCGCAGUGAGCGGAGCGCCUGGGCGGCGGCGGCGGCGCGAUGGCUCCUGCCGCGGACCGGGAGGGCUACUGGGGCCCCACGACCUCCACGCUGGACUGGUGUGAGGAGAACUACUCUGUGACCUGGUACAUCGCCGAGUUCUGGAAUACAGUGAGUAACCUGAUCAUGAUUAUACCUCCAAUGUUUGGUGCAAUUCAGAGUGUUAGAGAUGGUCUGGAAAAACGGUACAUUGCUUCUUAUUUAGCACUCACAGAUGGUCACUUUCUUACUGUGUCUCACAUGGCCUUCCCUCUGCUUGUGCUGUGGAAAGAGAAGCAAGCUUCAGUCUCUUCCUCUUGUAAGGGCACUAAUCCCAUCCUGGGGACCCCACCCCCACAUGACCUCAUCACCUCCAAAGGUCUCACCUCCAGAUAUCAUCACAUUAGGGUGGUAGGAAUGGGAUCCUGGUGCUUCCACAUGACUCUGAAAUAUGAAAUGCAGCUGUUGGAUGAACUCCCAAUGAUAUACAGCUGUUGCAUAUUUGUGUACUGCAUGUUUGAAUGUUUCAAGAUCAAGAACUCAGUAAACUACCAUCUGCUUUUUACCUUAGUUCUAUUCAGUUUAAUAGUAACCACAGUUUACCUUAAGGUAAAAGAGCCGAUAUUCCAUCAGGUCAUGUAUGGAAUGUUGGUCUUUACAUUAGUACUUCGAUCUAUUUAUAUUGUUACAUGGGUUUAUCCAUGGCUUAGAGGACUGGGUUAUACAUCCUUGGGUAUAUUUUUAUUGGGAUUUUUGUUUUGGAAUAUAGAUAACAUAUUUUGCGAUUCACUGAGGGACUUUCGAAAGAAGGUACCACCUAUCAUAGGUAUUACCACACAAUUUCAUGCAUGGUGGCAUAUUUUAACUGGCCUUGGUUCCUAUCUUCACAUCCUUUUCAGUUUGUAUACCAGAACACUUUACCUGAGAUAUAGGCCAAAAGUGAAGUUUCUUUUUGGAAUCUGGCCAGUGAUCCUGUUUGAGCCUCUCAGGAAGCAUUGAUGAAUCAUUCCAUCAAGAAAACAAAGAAACAUCUACUACAGACCUGGCAGAAUAAAUAAGGAAAUUCUUAAAGAUCUACAAGUUCAAAUAUGUCACGACUAUCACAGCAGAGGAGUGACUUUCUAACGCUGCCAGCCGCACAGAGAAUGAGGAAUGGAGCCUGCUGGGUGUUUAGUUCAUGGCUUCAUCUCAUUUGUCACCCUCCCCCUUUCACCCUCCAGUUUAUAAAGAAACCAGAGAUGAUGAUGUGUGUGUACAACCUCAAAUGCAGAAACAAUUGGGCUUUUCUUAACAGGUUUAACAGUUUGUGAUGGUUAUAAGAAAUUAACCUUUUUUUCUUUUUGCCCUUUCUCACAUGCCAAGGGUUGCAUGUGAAUUACACCUUUCUUAAUAUAUGAUUAAAUAAUGCAAACAGUCAGCUAAGGGCCAAUAAAACCCCAUAUCGAGCAUAUCCAGAUGGUUAGCUGUGAGCCAGCACUCAGCUGUAUCAGAUUUGAUUAAUAUUGUUGUAUUAAUCUCAUGGAUGUUUCUCAAAGGUUAAAGGAAAAAAAAGAGGAAGAAGAAAGAGCUAGCUGUGGGAUUCUGUGUAGUUCUUCACUAUCUGUUCUGGGGCUAGCUGGAGUGUCAUAAGCAAGCUCAGACCUGCCCCUGGUUCAGUACUUAACCACAUCUCAGAAUUUAUGGUGUCUGCCUAUGGCCAUGGACAACCAGAAUGAGUGGGUCAUCUUAUACCUUUCUGAAGUUCCAUGAGGACACGUAUAGGCUCCAGCCAGCUCUGUUCCUCUGAUCUUUGCAGAUCUUUAAGUUGUCACCAUUUUUAUGACCAGACAAAUAUGACUGGUGGUCUAGACUGCCCAUAGUUCAUCCUCCUCACAUAACUUAUUUGAAGUUGUCAGGGACUGUCAUUACUCUCUGACUUUUUAAAUUAUGCAGUAUUGUCCAGUUCUCAGAGAGGUCAUGGUUGUGCCCAGGGAAGUGCGUUGCAUUAACUAAAGCUAAAAUGAUGAGGAUCCUAUUUACAUAAAGCAUAUUAAAAUGUAUGCUUCUUAAUUUUCUGAAGGAAAUAGAUAUGUUUCUGUACAGAACCCACAAAAAUUAGGGUGCUAAGAAAUGACAGUAAAAUCUCAUCGUAAGGCAGCUAGUUCUAAUUUGCAUUUGAAUGUAUAACAAAUUGCAUCACUUUUCACAAACAUAACACCUGCCUGGAGUAAAACUCUGAUUUUAACCCUCUGCUCAUGCGUCAUCAUAUUUGUAGCUCUGCAGUAUUUAGCAUUUUUAUGACUUUUUUUGCUUUUUGUAAAUUAUUGUAAAAUCCAGAUUGUUUUUACCACAUGGUGACAUGACUCAAGAUUAAAUCCUGAGCUACAGUUUCAAAAGAAAAAUCAUUUUUUCAUAUGUAAAGAUUGUAAAACACUUUUGUCAUUUUUUCCAGUAGUAAGUAGCCUUCAUACAAAUUUAAAACCAAAAACUAUUCUGUUGUCUUCACCUACUAACCUCAGUUUUAUUAACCAAGUAUCCAAGGAUGUCAAGGUGGCAUCCUUCCCUUAGCAUACUAACAAGCCAGUAGACUGAUUCUUCCACCUACUUUUAUGAUCCUCCAGGAAGAAAAACGCUUUCUAAAACAUUAAGAGAACUUUGGUUUUGCCUUAAGAGGGUAUAAAACGAAACCAUUCGAAGGUACAGCCCAUAAGACUGUACUUGAUUUUGCCCCAAGAUUCUGACUUCUGGCUACAUUUCACCUGCAGUUACCUGGGCUAUCAGCCAUGAUACAUUUUUUAAUUCAUUUGUUUUACAUCAUUAUCUUUUUAUACUUUUCAGUUAGAUAUUCUUCGGCAUAAAUAAUAUAUAUAUACAGUGUAGGAUAAAGGUAUAUCCUACAUGGCAAUGCUGUUAAACAUGGUAAGACUGAGAUUCUGCAGGAUUAAAGUCAAAUUAAGGGUACAGAGAACACACCUUGAUACUGAGGCCAUUUAGAGUAAUUUGUUUAACAAGUGAUUCAUUCACCACCACCAGUGGCUACCUGUUCAAUAAAAUUGUCCAGCACCUCAGUGGAGAGUCAUCUACACCCCAAGGUGACCUGUAAGACUGUGGCCAAUUCUUUGAAAACCCUUGUUUCUGUUGGGAGAAUGAAAAGCAGAAAGGGAAGCCAGGCUCAUUAAUGUUCCAAGUCAGCUGUGCCUCGUUUUAGCAACUAAGUAAAACACUCAAGACUUUGUAUCUGUGCAGUAUUUUAUGGAAAUCACUGGUGACCUGUAGGAUACUGCUAAAUUAUCUUCAUUUCAAUGGCUUUAUUUUUUCCUUCUUGGAUUCUAGGUGGACAUUACAGGGUUGGAUUCCUCACUGUCCCCUCCUGCUGUUAUUUGUUUUAUUGGAAAACUUCAUGUUAACUAGAGUGUACAAAAAAGUCUUCCUGCUGAGCCAAUAAUGAUUUGUUUGCAUAUCACCUAAUGUGAAAAGUGCUCAUCUGUGAACCCUACAGUAAAUUAUAUUUUAGAAAAUACUUUGUGAGACUGGGCACGGUGGCUCACGCCUAUAAUCCCAGCACUGUGGGAGGCCGAGGUGGGUGGAUCAGCCUGGCCAACAUAGUGAAACUCCGUCUCUACUAAAAAUACAAAAAUUAGCUGGGCAUAGUGAUGCACGCCUGUGGUCCCAGCUACACAGGAGGCUGAAGCAGAAGAAUUGCUUGAACCCAGGAGGCGGAGGUUGCAAUGAGCUGAGAUCGCACCACUGCACUCCAGUCUGGGUGACAGAGCGAGACUCCAUCUCAAAAAAAAAAAAAGAAAGAAAAGAAAAUACUUUAUGAGGAUGCAAAAGAAGCAAUAUGCUUGCACUUGAAUAUCCUUCUGCCUUUAUUUUCACUCUGAAAACUGAAAGCAAUUUGGCUUUUAUUUCUGUUUUUUUAAGGAACAGCUAGGUGAAAGGAGGUUAAGCUGAUUGGUCACUCUACCCUCCCCUUCCCCACUGUGGUGUUUUGUGAAACAUCCCUACCACCCGAACUGAUCUUUUUAAUCCUUGUGAUAGUAAAUACAUUUAUAAUUAACAGGAAAAACAUUUUUUUAAUAAUCUGCAAAUGAAAACCCUAAUAGUAGUAUUUGGUUUGACAGAAGUAAAUCAAAUAUUAUGCUUUAAACAUAAUGCAAAAUUUCAGGACAGUUAAUUUGGUCUUCCCUUACCCUCAGAGGGUUUUUCUUAUAAUAAGGAGAAGUGGUGUGGUUCAAAGAAAAUUAAGAAACAAAAACUUCAAAUACAUAAUGCAUGAAAAUCUUUAAAUGCCUGCAAAAAUAAAGUUCCAUUAUAAUACUAGCCAAUUCCAAAUUAGCCAAUGCCCUAAAAGUGUCUAACAAUUUAAGGUUGUCUUAUGAGUCCCAUGAAAGCAGUUAUUUCUGGUUAAAUUUGAGUUUUCGCUACCAACUCCAUAUUUAUGUGACAAUAAAUUGUUUUGGCCCUGUGAUUUAUGAUGUGCUGCUGGAUAAGCAUUUACGUAAAACUGACAUUUCAAAGAGAACCAUUUCUAAUUGGAAUUGCCACCUGUGUGGCUGUUUGCAGAUCCACCUCUGUCUUCCAUUUUGCAUCCUAUCAGUGUUAUAAUUAGUUUGAUCACUUUGUCUUGUUUUUUAGUGUCUGCAAUUAUAGCUUAUUCACUAUGUUUUAACUAUUUAAAAAUAAUGAUUAAAAUUUGAUUUAAAGUAGUUAAACCCCUUUAUGGAAGGAGAUGCAAAAUAGAAAAAAAAAAAAAAAAAAGGAAUCAUGUCAUCUUGAUCGAGCUGACUAGAAAUUUUCUUUUUCUUUUUUUGAGAUGGAAUCUCAUUCUGUCACCCAGGCUGAAGUGCAGUGGGACAAUCUCAGCUCACUGCAACCUCCGCCUCCUGGAUUCAAGUAAUUCCUCUGCCUCAGCCUCCUGAGUAGCUGGGAUUACAGGUGCACACCACCACGCCCAGCUAAUUUUUUUGUACUUUUAGUAGAAACAGGGUUUCACCAUGUUGGUCAGGCUGGUCUCUAACUCCUGACCUUGUGAUUGCCCGCCCUGCUUCCCAAAGUGCUGGGAUUACAGGUAUGAGUCACCACGCCUGGCUUAGAAAUUUUCAAUACUGUCUUUUAACUGUUGCACUCCAGCUAGCCUGGGCAACAGAGUGAGACCCUGUCUCAGAAUAAAUAAGAAUAAGGAAAUACUUGUUAAAAUAUCUAACUAUGUAAUUGUUGAAUGAGGAAGCCACCAGUGUUGUUGAGGUUCUUGGGAGCAUUCCACUGGACUUCAGCAUUUCUCCAAAAUUACCAGCCCAAUCAGCUUCAUAUACCCAGAUAUGGACACUUCUUCACUUGAAAUUCGAACUGAAGAUAAAACUCUAACUUUGGACAGUAAACCUUUGCCUUGGGUAUGAAACCUUGACACUGUUAAAAGUGGAAAACUGUAAGAGACAACAAAUUUCAACAAGGCACAGUCUUCUCUCUAAUAGGCCAGCAGAGCAGCUAAGGAGAAGACAAAUCACUUAAGAACUUAAGUCGUUUGUUAGCUACAGCAUUUCUGCUCCUGUGAUACACAUUCAGCCAUUUUGGAGGAAAGCUAGGCAGUACUGACUGCCUAUUUUCAUGUACUUUAAAGAGUAUUAUUUCUCAAGGUCUUCAUUUUAUCAUUAAAUUCAGCUAAUUACUACCUGUUUUGAAAGGCAGCUAGUGUAGAUUGGUCAUAAUAUAUAUAUUUUUUGAGACAGGGUUUCAGCAUGUUGUUCAGGCUGAUCUUGAACUCCUGACCUUACGAUCCACCUGCCUCGGCCUCCCAAAGUGCUGGGAUUAUAGGCGUGAGCCACCACACCCGGCCACAAUAAUUUUUUAAAAUAGAAAACCUUAAAAUCCAAAUCAAUAAAUUCAGUUACAGGCUGUAAAGUAACCUAAAAUUCCCCCACUCUGUUUAGCUCAGCAGCUGCCAGUCAGUAUAGCACCAGCCACAGUUCACUGUGCUCUGCAUACAGUUCCUUUCCAGCCCUUACAAGACCUGCUUCAUUGCUUUAAAGAACAUAGGGCUGAUACUUGAACUGAAUCUAGUCAUUGGUAACUUAAAUAUUAACAAAAUUGUCAUAAGCUUCUGAAACUUCUGGCAAUGCCAUAUCUGUAGAUCAUUACUUUUAAAUGGAGUUUGCAGAAUUAACUCUAAAAUUGCAGCAACCAUAUUUAUUAGAGAAAUCUUUAAGCAUAUACAUAUGGUUCCCUAUAAGUAUUCAUUCAGAGAUCAUCUGUAGCUAAAAGUAAAUGAUAAAAAUGUGUCAUAAUAUCACAAGGCUGUAGAUCAGGGAUUGGUAAACUAACCCAUGGGCCAAAUCCAGGCUGCAGUUAGAUGAUCUGCAAGCUAAGAAUGGUUUUUAUAUUUUAUUUUAUUCUAUUUUUUAUUUUUAUUUUUAUUUUUUUUUUUUGAGACAGUGUCUCUGUUGCCCUGGCUGAAGUGCAGUGGCAGGAUCUCACAACCUCCCCCUCCCAAGUUCAAGUGAUUCUCCUGCCUCAGCCUCCCAAGUAGCUGGGACUACAAGCACAUGCCACCAUGCCAAGCUGGUCUUGAACUCCUGACAAGUGAUCUGCCCACCUUGGCCUCCCAAAGUGCUGGGAUUACAGGCAUGAGCCAACAUGCCCAGCCGGUUUUUACAUUUUAAAAACAUUUAAACAAAGAAAGAAGAAUAUGCAACAGAAACUCUAUAUUGCCUGCAAAGUCUAAAAUGUUUACUCUCUGGCUUGGGAGUUUGCCUCCCCUGCUUUAGACUGUCAGCAAAUGGCACAGUGGCACAGUACAGUGGUACUGCCCAACUGCACUUCUCUGCAAGGUGAUUCUAGUGUGUAUUUGUCAGAAUGAAAAUUUGUUAUGUAUAUAAGACAUCUCAUGUUUUUGUUGAAUGUAAUCACAUGAUUUGUAUUUAAUAUUUACUGAAUUAUUUUUUUCAUAUCAGUUUUUCUAGAUUGGCAAUAGCCUAUUGCAAAGUGCCUAAACCUUUUAGAAAAAUUACUAUGAGCAAGGUCCAUGAUUUAGUUUUCAAUAUAAAGGGAAUUUCAUUCUAUACUAUAAAAUCCAAAAAUGCUAGUUGCCCUUCACUUUGGAGUUGACUUCCAGAAAGUUGAGAUCUUUUGACCAUUUUUUCUCAUAUCAUAUAAAAUGUGCCACUUGGUAGUUGUCACACUGUGGUAGUCAUGUAUACUUUUUUUUUUAACUUUCUAAAAGGAAAAAUGCAAAGUUCUUUCCACAGUCAGUCCAAGCUUCUUUUGGGUUUUUCUUUUUAGAGCUAAAUUAUUCAUACCAAUAAGUAAGGGAGUCUGUUCUGAGAUACAGAGGCCAUUAUCUAUUUUUUGCUUAAUGUACUGAUGGGGCAUUGUUGUUUACCAUCAUGCAUUUCCAUGCUUUUAUUUCUGAGUCGCUUAUCAAUGUGACCAACAGAUAAACUGUUCAAGCUAAUACAGCAUUUCCUAACUUCAUAGUUGUUGCAGAUGUUAGUUCUAGUAGUGAUUAUUUAAUAAACAUAUACAUUGUACUGAAUCUUAUAAGCAACUAACAUUUUCAGAUAAUCUCAGUCUGCUUAUUCACUUUUUCCAUUUGAUUUGCCAAUACCAUAAUCAUUUUUCUAGAAAAUAGUAGGAUAAUGUAUUUUUUCCAGUCUGCUAUAAUGGAGACUAUAUUUCAGCAUUCAUUACCUCUCAUAGGUGAAAAUAUUAAAUGAUAUUGUUUUAAAUAAGA